CAAGGGGCCGCUAGGUUUCCAGGAAGUGACGUCAGGCGGCCGCGGAGAUGGAGGACGUGCUGGACCUGGGCGAGGAGCGGCGCCGCGGCCCGGCCACCUCCGAGGCCAAGAUGGGUCGCCGAGCUCAACAGGAGUCAGCUCAAGCCGAGAAUCCCCUCAGUGGCAAGAAUUCUUCGAUUCUGACUGGAGAGGAUCCCCCUCCCAAACCACCCCGCCGCCGUCAAGGAGGCUGGGCCGAUGAUUCCAUGAAGGCUUCCAAGUCAGGAAGGAAGGCUUUUGAAGAAGUGGAAGAUCAUCGCCUCAGACCGAAGAGCCUGGAUGGAUCAGAUGACGGAGGAGACUGGCAGACAACAGCCGGAUUGAACGCAGACGAUCACGAAAUGCACGCAGGGAGCUGGGGUCAGCUUCACAGGAAGAGGCCAGCGGCUUCUACUGUCCGGCCACAGGGGCUGACACUGCGACUCCACUGGGUGGGUAGUGAGGUCUACCCUGUGGCCUUGAAUGAAGAAGGAUGGAAAGACAAAGUAGCAAGCUCUGAAUUCUGCUUGUUGGAUUCCGAGAUGAUUCAUAAAAGAAGGGAUAUUCCUGUUAUUCCGGAUCUGGAAGAAGUACAGGAAGAAGACUUCGUUUUGCAGGUGGCAGCCCCGCCCAGUGUCCAAGUAAACCGGGUGAUGACCUACCGUGACCUGGACAAUGACCUCAUGAAGUGCGCAGCCUUUCAGACCCUGGAUGGAACGAUCGACUUGAAGCUCCUCACCAAAGUGCUUGCGCCAGAGCAGGAAGUUCGGGAAGACGACGUCGGCUGGGACUGGGACCGUCUGUACACCGAGGUGUCCUCAGAGCUUCUCACCGAGUGAGACCUGCUGCAGGCAGCGAAGGAGGACCCGUGGGACAGUCUGCACACACCUGAGCCCUUGGGGACAACAGACCACUCUCUGCACAGAAAAACCUCUGCUUUGGACUUUUUAAAAAAUGUAAUAAGCCUGAAACUAAAAAAAGCUUGCAAGGAGCUUAGAAUUUUCAUAUGGAAUAUUUUGUAAUAAAAAUACUUUCAGGAGACUGCAUUGAUAUUUUCA